AUGGAUACCUCCCAUCUAGUCAUUCAGCGAGUGGAACAGAAGAUGAACUUGCGCGGACGGCAGCCAGUGUGUCUAUGGCCGAACGCGAGCGAGGCCACUUCUUCAAGAAUAACCAGGUGGUGCCUGGAUUGGUUCCGACCUGCAUUCUACCAUGCCCCAGGUUUCAAGGAGCAGCCGGAAUCGAUCGUCUUCCAGGAGAUGUAUCCCUACCUCGUAACUCUUGAGCAAAUUAUGCCCUGGACGGACAAGCCAGGCCUGUACGCUCUUUCAUGGCCCCCAAGGUGGUAUCUGGCUGGCACCGAUGCGUUAUAA